GUUUAGAUUUCCAGUUAGUGUUACUUCACCUCCAUAUUUUUCAAGUUCUGAGUCAAAAAAUCUUUUCCAGCUUCCAUUGUUUUCCUUAUCUAGAUACUUCUUUAUCCAUGUGGCUUUGAGAGAUCUAUUAAAGGAGGUUAUAUCACUCAUUUUAAGUCCCCCUUCUGAGUAAUCAUUAAUCAUUACCUUUCUUUUUAUUUUGUCGCCUUUGUCAUUCCAUAAGAAGUUGUAAAACAUUACAUUUAUCUCCUUUAUUGCUGUAUGAUUUGUUUGCAGAGGAGAAAAAAUAUAUACCAGCUGUGAAGUUAUGAGGCUUUUUAAAACAGUAAUUUUACCUAAAAGGCCAAGUCUGCGAAGUUUCCAGGAUCACAAUGUUCUGGUUACUUUUCAAAGUGGUACAAGUAUUGAAAUUAUGUUUUUUUUUACAACACACAGGUACUGAUGAAGAGCUUCAUGUGACCGUCUGUACUGUGUAUCUUGAAUCAAGAUGGAGGAUGCUGUCCCUUCACCCCUGGCCAGCUCUGUAGAGAAGAGAAAUAGAGCCAAGCUGAUCAGACUUCUUACUGAAGGCGGAGCAAUGGCUCUCAGGGAGAUUUUUGAUAGGAUUUUUGAUAGGAUUUAUCCCCUGACAAAUCUAAGGGAUAAACUCAAAGCAAACUAUGACAUUCUGCGUAACCUCCUCAGCAGAAAGGUGUUAUCUCGACAUCGGUGGAAUCUACUGUUUGCACCUGGUGAAGCUGGACCAGACUCCAAAACAUUUGAUAUUUCUCUACUAUUCCUCCUUCUGACCAAUACAUGUGAACUAUCCCCUCCCCCAUCAGGUUGGCACACUGAGCCAGUCUCAAGUGACACUUCCCUAGAGGCAAACCUUGCUCGUGUUAAAUAUUUCCAUGAUAUGUUGCUUGGUCAUGUGUCUACCAGUGGUGUCAAGACACCAACUUUCAAUGCUUUGUGGCAGAAAAUUACUGCUGUUCUUUUGGCCCUUGGGUUGAAUCCAGUAGAAAUUUACAGGUUAGAGGCUGAGCGUUGGGGGAAGGAAGAUUAUUAUGAUGUGGAGCAUGACUGGGCCGAUUUUGUGUCAUCGAUUGAGAUGACUGCUUCUGCACCUUCCCCCUUGGCCAGCUCUGUAGAGAAGACAAAUCAAGCCAAGCUGAGCAUACUUGUUAUUGAUGGUGGAACAAUGGCUCUUAGGAAGAUUUUCGAUAGGAUUCUUUCCCCGGAAUAUCUAUCGGAUAAACUCUAUGCAAACUAUCACACUCUGAAGAACCUCUUUAGGAUCAACGUUAUAUCUAAACAUCAGUGGGAUCUACUCUUCCCACCUGGUGGAACCACACCAGAUUCCAAAACAUUUGAUAUUACCCUUCUGUUCUUUCUUCUGACUAAGUUUUGUGGACUACGCCCUCCCUCCUCAGAUUGGCACAAUAUGCCAGACCCAAUGGACACUUCCCAAGGGGCAAACCUUGUUCGCGUUAGGUUUUUCCGCAAUACGUUGUAUGGUCAUGCGUCUCCCAGUGGUGUUGAUACACCAACUUUCAAUGCUUUGUGGCAGGAAAUUAGUGCUGUUCUUGUUGCUCUUGGGUUGGAUCAGGCAGAAAUUGAUAGGUUAAAGGCAGAGCGUUGGGGGAAGGAAGAUUACCGUGAUGUGGAGCACGACAUGGUAGUUAGUGUAACUUCCACUGACAUGGCUGCUGCAGCACCUUCACCCCUGGCCAUCUCUGAAGAGAAGACAAAUGGCGCCAAGCUUAGGAGACUUCUUAUUGACGGCGGAACAACGGUUCUAAGGAAUGUCUUUGAUAGAUAUCAUCCUCCUGCAAACCUGGCUGCUGGUCUUUAUUUAAACUAUGCUACUCUGGACAGUCUUUUGCAGAGAGAAGUUUUACUUAAACCGCGGUGGGAUCUACUGUUCCCACCUGGUGGAGCUACCCCAGAUUCCAAAACAUUUGAUAUCUACCUACUAUUCCACCUUUUGACCAACAUAUGCCGACUAUCCCCUCCUCCGUCAGGUUGGCACAAUAUGCCAGACCCAAUGGACACUUCCCUUAAAGCAAACCUUGUUCGCGUUAAGUUUUUCCGCAAUAAGUUGUAUGCUCAUGUGCCUACCACUGGUGUUGAUACACCAACUUUCAAUGCUUUGUGGCAGGAAGUUAGUGCUGUUCUUGUUGCUCUGGGAUUGAAUCAGGUAGAAAUUGAUAGGCUAAAGGCCGAGCGUUGGGGGAACGAAGAUUACCGUAGUGUACAACAUGACUUGGCCGAUAGUCCAGAGGAUAUCAAGACACAGCUGAGAAUCCACACCCAUCCAUAUCGUGCUAAGAGUGUUACGAGUGUUCGUCAGACCCAACUAGAAGUCCGUGAAACACUUCAGGAUAGAAAGUUAAAAGUGGAUGAAGUUCUCCACGCCAAAACCAAGACACAGUCAAAACUGCAAGAGCUGCAUCAGACUCAGACCAAAACGCAGCAAGUUAUUCAAGGAGAAAUGAAGACCCAAGAAGAGCUCGACAAGUUAGAGUUCAUACGGGACACUGACUAUCAUGUAGCACGAUACCAACAAGGCACUCAUGAGUGGGUGUUUAACGAAGCUGAAAAUUGGUUAGACGACAGAAGCUUGGCCGAGUUUGGAUAUGCUGAAGAGCUGUCUGACAAGGACGAUGAUAAUUCUGAGAAAGACGUCGAUGACCACGACAAUGGCAGCGAUAAUUAUGAUGAUGACAGAACUGAUGGUAUCAAAGAUAUCACGAAGCAGUUACUACAGUUUGGAAUUAAAGAGCAAGAAAUGGAGGAGCCAGAGAAUCCGUAUGAACAAGAACCAGACAAAAUAAAGAUACACGAAGGCAAAGUAUUAGGUGAGGGUGAUACCUGGAACCUUCAAGAAGCUGCUGCAUCUGUCACAUUUUUUCGAGGAGCCAUAAUAAAAUCCUUCCUGAUUACUUGUUCGUUAUGGAAUCCCAGGAUCCUCUAUCCACCUCUUGGCAGUAAUGAGGUCUUGGUAAGCAACGUGAUUGAACUGUCACAUGACGGUCCACCUGACCUGGAGUUCAGUGGAGAUCCCCAAGGAGGCGUUACUGUUGCCUUGUUGCACAGUGCCUCUAAUUUCAUGGGGUAUGAAGUUGUUAUCAAGCAGUUGGCUGACCCGGAAAACAAUGAGUGGAUAGAUUUGGUGACCAACACCUUUUGGCAUACAUCAGGUAUUGCAUUAGAACAAGUGAUAGGUUAAUUGGUAUGGUCAAAAAACUAAAAGUGAGAAACACCUUGGACAGCAUAAUACACAUUUGAACUGACAACUUAAAUGAAGUGGUUAACAAUUUUUAUUUGAAUGCUCUCAGUAAUCUUUCAUUUAUUUCAAUAGUUAUGCCCUAGAAAUUCAUCCAUAGACUUAAAAGUGAAGCGACGGUUAGUUACACAGAUUGAUAGCUUAGUUGCUAGAACCCUGCACAGGUAUCGCAAGG